GCAAUCCAUACUUGGACCAGUGGACAUUGUGACGUCAUGGCUGUUGAGGUUGUUCAGAAGGAUACGGGAUACCUAUUGGAAGGUCCUCAUUGGGAUGAUGUCACCAACACCCUUCUGUAUGUUGAUAUUUUUAACAAGUUCGUUCAUUCUUACAAUACGGUGACCAAGGAAGCUAAAAAAGUCGAAGUCCAUGAUGCCGUAGGGGCGGUUGUGACCACAACCAGUGGAAGAACUAUGGCAUGUGUUGGACGAGAGGUGGGCUACAUCAACUGGGAUGCCGGGAAAUUCGAAACAUUUUGUGAAAUAGAUCUAAAAAAGGGAACCAGAUUCAAUGACUGCAAGUGCGAUCCAGCAGGAAGAUUCUGGUUAGGAACAAUGGCUGUCCAAGAUCCGUCGACAAGCUCGGAAGAAACCAAAAAAGGACAGGGCUCCCUCUUUUGUUUGAGUCCCGACAAAACGGUCCGAGAGCUUGUGCAGAAUGUUGACAUAUCAAAUGGCAUGGCGUGGACAAAUGAUCAGAAAACUAUGUACUACAUCGAUUCGCUGACCUACGGCGUGGAUGCUUUUGAUUAUAACAUCGAAACCGGUGAAAUUGCAAACAGACGACAGGUUAUCAGCGUUCCUCAGUCAGACGGUAUACCGGAUGGUAUGUGUAUCGAUGAUGAGGGUAUGCUAUGGGUGGCCUUGUUUGAUGGAUGGGCUGUUAACAGAUAUAACCCCGAAACAGGCGAAAAACUUCGAUCCAUCAAAUUCCCAACCAAGAACAUCACAAGCUGUUGCUGGGGCGGGGCCAAUCGCGAUGAACUUUACGUGACGUGUGCAAAGCACUUUCUCAAACCAGAUGAACUCAAAGAACAAGACACCGCUGGCUCCAUCUUCCGGGUUACUGACCUAGGGGUCAAAGGGGUCAAGUGUGACGUAUUCAAAGACAAAUAAUGGUCAUUUUUUUUAUUCUAAAAAGUGGAACCAAUUAUUUUUCUAUUUCACGUUUUGUAAAAAUAUAUUUGAUUUGACGUUGAGAUCUUGCCGUUAUUCUCAUAUAAUGCAAUUUUUGUAGAUACAUGCACCAUUCUAUGCUGUGCGGAAGAAAUAUCGGCGCGUUGCUAAUCCGUGACGGUUAAUAUAAUAAAUUUGAACUGUUUGGUGAAAAAAGAAUUCUUACUCCGUAAUUAUGAUUCACACGAGUUGUCGAUAUUAAUGACGAUAUUCAUGAACAGCGUUACGUGUGCUGCUCAUGUUAUUAUACUGUUUCACUUCUUCUGUUGUUUUUUUAGCUCGAAUUUAUAACAAUCUUGUUUGCCCUGCAUUUAAUGUUCUACCAGUUGGCAGGGGCGUCCCAAGGAUGUUAGAAAGGCAGUCUUAAGAUGCUUAAAAGUGACGUCAUAUAUAUUUUUUCGAAUUAGAGCGGUAUCACAGAGUUACAUAUCCUAGAACUCUGAUUUGUACAUUUUUCAAAUCUUUCUUUCCCCUCCUAUCCUGUUUUUUCCCCCACUACUUGAAAUAUCAUCAUGAUCACAGGGGAAGGUGGUCGCCCAAGGCACCCCUCCCCUUGGUACCGCCUGCAUGUCUUUUGAUAUUAUGAGUUAUUCAUUCUGUACUCACUUUGUUCUGUUGCUCAGAUAAAAUCAUAUUAGAAACAAAUACUCACGCAACAUUGUUUUAUGACUUAUUGACGUGGAUAGUAUAACAGGGCCCCGUCUUACAAAGAGUUACGACUGAUCCAUUCAGCCUCAACUAUAUGGAAAUCCAUCCAUAACAUAUUUUUUUCCUUCAGGAAAUUUGCAUAAUGUCCUCUGCAAACAUAAAGAAGAACACUGAAUUCUCAAAGAAAUGAUGAAUGUAUGGACAUACAUCAUAUCUAGAAAUUAUUUUGAACAAAUCUGCAUUUUAGAUGUU